AUGGUCGACGGUGACGAUUCAUUCAAGAGACCCGGAGCUGUGCCUUUUAACUGGGAGAUCCGACCCGGUGUGCCCAAGACCCGAAAUCCCCAACCCGAUGAUCCUGUUUCCACUCUUCUUCAACCUCCCAAAAAACUUCAUCCUCUCCGAUUAAAACCGUUUCCGCCGUCGAACCAGCCAUCUCCGUCGCCGUCGUCGUCGUCUUCGUCUGUUUCUUCAAUCUCCAAAACCCGCCCAGUCUCUCCGUUUGCUCCACCGUCGUCUUUUAAGCUCAAACCGUCUCCAGAUUCCGAUUCCUCCCACUCUUUACGACCUCCGGAGCCAUAUUGGCGAUCUUCGUCCCCUACUUCGCGCCGGUGGCGUUCUCUGAAGUCAUUGAUUGGGUUGAAGAAGAGUAGUAAGACCGGCGAUGUAAAAAAGACCGGUGAGGAAUCGACGUCAUCGGAAUCAGACAAUUUCUACGAAUCGGAGACGACGUUUUCGGCGUCGGAAGAUUCUAGCCGGGGAUCGGUUUCGACGAGGUGUAGUUCGCCGAAAACGUCAUCGCCUUCGCUUCGUGGUUCGUCCCUGAAACGGAUUCAAUCGGAUUUGAGCUCUUAUGAGAAGAAAACCAUUAUAAGGAUGGCUCGUGAUCGCCUCCGUUAG